AUGACAAGCAAUAUUAAGAGUGUGGUGGUUGUCGGCGCCGGUGUGUUUGGGGUGUCUGUAGCGAACCAUCUGUGCAGGGAGCUAGAUGCCAAUAAAUACCGGGUAAAGCUUAUCACUGUAUCUGAUUAUGUGUAUUUCCUACCCUCUGCUGUACGGUUGACUGUAUCUAAAGACUACACUAAGUCAAUUCUACCUUUAAAAAGUGUCCUUGACGAUGGCGUUGAGGUUAUCAAAGAGAAGGUUACCAGCUUUGACGUUGAAAAAGUGGUACUAGAAUCAAGUGGGCCUACCAACUUCGAUGUCUUGAUCCUUGCAACAGGCUCGAAGUGGUCUGAUCCAAUCGGUUCAACCUACAUCUUCGGGGACAACUAUGAAGAGUAUUUUGAAAAAGAGGCAUCUAGAAUUUCAGAUGCUAGCCAUAUAGUUUUCCUUGGUGGCGGUUUUGUGAACUGUGAACUGGCUGGCGAACUGAUAUUCAAGUAUGCAGAGGAGAUUAAUUCUGGAGAAAAGCGUAUUUCCAUUAUUCACAAUUCUGAUAAACUGCUACCAAGUUCUGGGUUAUAUAAUGAUACUAUCAGAAGAAAGGUGACGAACUAUCUUGCCAAUAAUGGAGUAAAAUUGUACUUGAACACUGUAGGGGUUUCUUGCGAUACCUCACCGAACCGUAUAUUCCUGGGCGAGGGCUCAUCAGAACACAUCGAUGCUGAUUUGAUAUACAGAGGCGUCGGAAUUUCACCAAGUGUGCCAUCUAACGAUAUUUCAAAACUUUGUGAUAAAAAAGGAAUUAUUGAUGUUGAAAAGAACUUUCAGGUAAAGGCCGUCGAAGCAGGAAACGUUUUCGCUAUUGGAGACGUCACAAAUUUCAGGUAUCAUGGAUUAGUCAAAAGGGAAAAUUGGGUUGACGUUUUGACCCGCAACAUUGUAAGUUCUUUGCAAGAAGGAGCAAGCGCUAAUCUCGUUGAUGCAGAUUCUCUCGAAACAGGCCAUGCUCCAACCGGUGUAUCUCUUGGGCCAAAUGCAGGAUUUGGACAGUUUCCAGUACCAGUACUUGGGACGAUCAAUAUCCCAUCGUUCCUAAUUUCUAGGGUUAAGUCGAAGAACCUUCUUUCUGACUUAAUGGAACCUAUGUAUAAAAAAUAG